CGGAGUUGCAGAGGGAGGCAAAAGGGAGCUGCGGUGGCGGCGCUGAGGCUCGAACAGAUAUCGCUGCCGGGGCCUAUCUCUGAGGAUCGGCGAGAGCGAGCAGGCCCUUCAUCAUGGGUGGCUUUUUCUCAAGUAUUUUUUCCAGUUUGUUUGGAACCCGGGAAAUGAGAAUUUUAAUUUUGGGAUUAGAUGGAGCAGGAAAAACCACAAUUUUGUACAGGUUACAGGUUGGAGAAGUCGUUACUACUAUUCCUACUAUUGGAUUUAAUGUUGAGACGGUAACAUACAAAAACCUUAAAUUCCAAGUCUGGGAUUUAGGAGGACAGACAAGUAUCAGGCCAUACUGGCGAUGUUAUUAUUCAAACACAGAUGCAGUCAUUUAUGUAGUAGACAGUUGUGACCGAGACCGAAUUGGAAUUUCCAAAUCAGAGUUAGUUGCCAUGUUGGAGGAAGAAGAGCUGAGAAAAGCCAUUUUAGUGGUGUUUGCAAAUAAGCAGGACAUGGAACAGGCCAUGACACCCUCAGAGAUGGCGAACUCACUUGGGUUACCUGCCUUGAAGGACCGAAAAUGGCAAAUAUUUAAAACUUCAGCAACCAAAGGCACUGGCCUUGAUGAGGCAAUGGAAUGGUUAGUUGAAACAUUAAAGAGCAGACAGUAAUUCACCUGCUUCUGCUCCUCUGAAAUGAUGGUUACAUCACAUAUCCCUUUAGAAACAGUCAUGUGCAUGUCACACUACUAAAUGUUUAAAACUACAUGAUUGUUGGCAUAUACUGGACUGACUACAACAUUUGUAAUAAAUAUAGAAAAAUGAGUAUUUGGUUGGAGGGGUAACUCGUCUUGUUGAACCAACUGAAUAUCUGUCUGUAUAAUAUAAAAUAUUCCUUCCUUGCUUUCUUUUGUUAAGGUAUAUAUUCUAUUUGUAUGGAAUUCUUACUCAAAUGCAGUCCUAUUGAAGAAUGUGCUCUUGCUGGGGAAAAAAAAAACCCUCUUAUUUUUGAAUUAGUGGUUGCAGCUUGUUUGUAUAAACACUAAUAAAUAUCUUAAU